UGCCCGAGACACAGCGGUAGCGAGUCCCCGGAGCUCGGUCAGGUCGGAAGGUCCGCUGUGCGGCGGCUGCUGCGUCGCGAUCAUGACUCUCAAAGUCCGAGUCAUUUACUGUGGCGCUUGAGGCUACAAGCCUAAGUAUCUCCAGCUCAAGAAGAAGCUAGAAGAUGAGUUCCCCGGAUGCCUGGACAUUUGCGGCGAGGGGACUCCCCAGGUCACCGGGUUCUUUGAAGUGAUGGUAGCCGGGAAGCUGGUUCACUCCAAGAAGAGAGGUGAUGGCUAUGUGGACACGGAGAGCAAGUUUCUGAAGCUGGUGGCUGCCAUCAAAGCCGCCUUGGCUCAGGGCUAGAGUGCCCUGAAGGCAGAGACCAGGGACCUC